AUGCCAGCUCAAGACGUAUUGACCAGAAAGACCGGUGUCAUUGUCGGUGACGAUGUCAAGGCUUUGUUCGACUACGCUAAGGAACACAAGUUUGCCAUUCCAGCUAUCAACGUGACCUCUUCUUCCACUGUUGUUGCUGCUUUGGAAGCUGCUAGAGACAACAAAUCUCCAAUCAUUUUGCAAACUUCCAACGGUGGUGCUGCUUACUUUGCUGGUAAGGGUGUUUCCAACGAAGGCCAAAAUGCUUCUAUCAGAGGUUCUAUCGCUGCUGCUCACUACAUCAGAUCCAUUGCUCCAGCUUACGGUAUCCCAGUUGUUCUACACACCGAUCAUUGUGCUAAGAAGUUGCUACCAUGGUUCGAUGGUAUGCUAAAGGCUGACGAAGAAUACUUCGCUAAGCACGGUGAACCAUUGUUCUCCUCCCACAUGUUGGAUUUGUCCGAAGAAACUGAUGAGGAAAACAUUGGUCUAUGUGUCAAAUACUUCACCAGAAUGGCCAAGAUCCACCAAUGGUUGGAAAUGGAAAUCGGUAUCACCGGUGGUGAAGAAGAUGGUGUCAACAACGAAGGUACUUCUAACGACAAACUUUACACCACUCCAGAAACUGUUUUCUCUGUCCACGAAGCUUUGUCCAAGAUCUCUCCAAACUUCUCCAUUGCCAGUGCCUUCGGUAACGUCCACGGUGUUUACAAGAUCGCCGCUGCCCUAAAACCAGAAUUGUUGGGUACUUUCCAAGACUACGCUGCUAAGCAAUUAAACAAGAAGGCAGAAGACAAGCCAUUGUACUUGGUCUUCCACGGUGGUUCCGGUUCCUCCACCAAGGACUUCCAUACUGCCAUCGAUUUCGGUGUCGUAAAGGUCAACUUGGAUACUGACUGUCAAUUCGCUUACUUGUCCGGUAUCAGAGACUACGUCUUGAACAAGAAGGACUACUUGAUGACCCCAGUCGGUAACCCAACCGGUGAAGACUCUCCAAACAAGAAGUACUACGACCCAAGAGUCUGGGUUAGAGAAGGUGAAAAGACCAUGAGCAAGAGAAUCACUCAAGCUUUGGAAAUCUUCCGUACUAAGGGUGCUUUGGAAUAA